UAGGUGCAACAAAUACUAGGGAGUGCAAAUAAUGCGGACAAAUUUAAUACGUAGUGAGUGUUAAAUUGUGGAGUGCUAGUGAUUUCAUUGUCAUUCAACCGUUGGCCAUCCUGAAAUCCUCAUAACAAACGAUACUUCUCGUGUACUGCGAAUAUAGAUUUUUUUCCGAAUGUUUUUCCGUUUUGCCACAUGUUACAUUGUAUUGUUACAUCGUACAGAAACGUAGGAAUCGCACGCGUGAAUUCGACGCCGAAUCCGCAGUCGCCAAAUCAGCAAGAUGAAUUCGAAGAAGACCAUAACCUUCGGUAAGAUAGGUGCUACUUUAGGCAAACCGGCAUCUGAGGCACCCGUCGAAACAUCUACCUCUGGAUUCGGCACUUUCGGUAAGAAGCGCGAGGAGAAUAAUGUGAAGAAGAUGGAUGAGAUCAAGCCGGAGGACGAGGAGGAAACGCGAAGCAUGCAGAAGAUGAUGGGUAUUACAGGCUUUGGGAAGAAAGCUAAGUCUUUCGACGUGCAGGAGAUGAUGGAGAACAUCACUAAGACCAUCAACAGCAAUAAAGCAGCUGCAAUAGAAAAAGGAAACCUUGAUGAAAUUGCUGAAACCAAAGAGGACAAGGUGAGUGACGACGACGACGAUGAUGAUGAUGAUGAUGAUGAUGAUGACGCUGAUGAUGACUUCAUUGGUCCACCAAUACCAUCUUCAGCGUCUGUCACUUCGGAAAGAGCUAAAGAUUCAAACGAAGAGAAGAAGAAGAAAAAAAAGAAAGAUAAAAGUGAUGACGAUGACGAAUCAUCAGAUAAUGAAGAAGAGGAAGAAGAAGAAGAAAUGACAUUGAGAGAUAAAAUCCCUUGUUCCCAUGAGGUUUCGAUGACUCAUGGCACCAAAGCAGUCAUCGCUAUUGCUGCAGAUCCAUCUGGAGCUCGACUAGCAUCUGGGUCCAUUGAUUAUGAUGUUUGUUUUUGGGAUUUUGCAGGUAUGGACACGUCUAUGAAGAGUUUUCGUACCCUACAGCCCUGUGAGAACCACCCCAUCAAAUGCUUACAAUACUCUACAACUGGAGAUGUAAUACUGGUCAUCUCGGGGUCAGCACAGGCAAAAGUUCUGGAUCGGGAUGGCUUUGAGAAGUGUGAGACCGUCAAGGGUGAUCAAUAUAUCACGGACAUGGCACGUACUAAGGGUCAUACUGCUAGUCUUAACAGUGGCUGUUGGCAUCCAUUUACCAAGGAGGAAUACAUGACCUGCUCACAAGACAGCACCUGCCGGAUAUGGAAUCUAUACAGACCGCGUGCGCACAAAAACCUGAUAAAAUGCAGGGCGCAGAACGGCGUGAAGACCGUGCCCACUACAUGUGCAUAUAGCCGCGAAGGUGCGGCAGUUGCCUGCGGUUGCAUAGAUGGCUCGAUUCAGAUGUGGGACCACAGGAAGAACUUCGUGAACCCGUCUCUCGUGUUACGAAGCGCGCACGCUCAAUCCAGCGAGAUAUCGAGUUUGAGCUUCUCGUAUCUAGGGCAGAUGUUGGCGAGCAGAGCGUGCGACGACACUUUGAAACUCUGGGAUCUGAGGGCAUUCAAAACGCCGAUCUUCGAAGCUAGAGGACUGUUCUCGCGCUAUGAUACCACGGAUUGCAUGUUUAGUCCAGAUGACUCGAUGAUCGUCACUGGAGAAUCCUUAAACAAGGGACAGACGACUGGCAGAGUACUGUUUUACGAUUGCAAAACAUUUGAGCUGAUCAGAGAGAUCCCCGUGACAAACUCGCACGUCAUCAAAACUUUGUGGCACCCGAAAUUAAAUCAGGUGUUUGUUGGCUGCGGCAACGGCAUCGUCAAGGUGUAUUACGAUCCCAAGCGAAGCAUGAGGGGUGCCAAGCUAUGUGUUGUUAAAACGCACAUGAAGCAGAAGCAUAUUGAGAUAAUGUCCACCCAGCAGAUCAUAACGCCUCACGCGCUUCCCCUGUUUCGCCAGGACAGGCCCAAGUCAGUUCGCAAGCAGAUGGAGAAGGAUCGGCUCGACCCGGUGAAAUCAAGGCGCCCGGAUCUGCCUAUCACUUCCGGUCAAGGCGGCAGAGUAGCGUCCUCCGGAGGAACGCUUAGUUCAUAUGUCAUACGUAAUCUUGGAUUGAGUAAACGAAUAGAGGACGAUCAGGAUCCCAGAGAAGCUAUUCUCAAAUACGCGAAGAUAGCCGAGGAAGAACCGUACUGGAUUGCGCCCGCGUACAAGAAGACGCAGCCGAAGACGAUUUUCCAAAAUGACGAGCAAGAUAGCGGGCCAAGUAAUAAAAAACAAAAGACUUAGAUUUUUACAUUCGUCUUGUAUAUACGAGCUGUGUAAUGUGUAUUUAUAUGUAUAUAUAUAUAUAUACAGUAUAUCUAGCAAA